AUGAGUAAUUCUUUUGCUUCAAGGAUAAAAUCGAAGUUCUUUCAAAAUUCAGGCUCGGCUCAAAAUUCAAGGCAAAAUAACAAGUCUUCGAGAAAAUAUUUCGAUAUUUCAAGGGAGUCUGAAACUAAUAAUGAUUUAAGAGCCAACAACAACACUCAAGUACCCGCAUCCAAUUAUAACCAAGAAUAUGUCACUAGUGGCAACGACGGUUUCGAUGACAUUACAAGUCAGUAUUCUGGGAAUGAUAAUUAUGACAACGCCAAUGGCCGAAUGCGAUCAAAUGAAGAUGCCAAUACGUUUGGGGAUCAACUAGAAUCUCAGCCUUCGUUGAGUAGCAAUGACAUUUUGAAAAGUACCGAUGAACCUUAUAGAAUACCGUCCGCUGUAACAACUACAGGAACAGGAAAUUUUUCUGCUGCUGCGACUUCAUCCACUUUAGAGAUUUCAACGCCAACUGGGAUUCCAAUAAAUAGAAAUACAAAAAAACCUGGUAAGUUUCAAAAAUUGAAGAAAAAAAUUAGUAUCCCAGAGUUAAGUUUAAGAUCAACCAGUAACGGCUCUACUUCUACAGAAUAUUAUCACAGUCACAGACCAAACAAUAACCAUCUAAAUAUUUAUAAAUCCAUUAGUAGUGACAAUGAACUUUCUUACAAGGGGACUAGGAGUACUCGUUCUCAUAGCAGAAACAGUUCUAUUCCGUUUGGCACACCAAAAGGAACUGUAGAGAACCUUAACGAGUUUUACAGCAAUAGCGAAAUCAGUAACAAUAUUACCAAUAACAACAGCUAUAGUACCUACAACAAUAAUGAUAGUGAUAUUAACACUAAUAUUUCUGAAUUUAAUUCCACGGUGGAUGGUUUUAUAAGAAAAGUUCAUUCGGAAACUGUAAGUGAUUAUCAUGAAUACGUCAUUCCGCUUUCUAAUACCAACUCAAACUCCACUGGAAGUUCACAUUACUCAAAUGAUCAUACCCAUGGUUCUCCGCAUAAAUCAGGGUUACAAAGAGGUAGAAGUAGAACUGACGAUGCUUCUGAUUAUGAAGGUACCAAAUCUGAUAGAAAUCCAUUGCACUUCCAUCGUAAGAAGGAAUUCUUCUACCUCUUCUUUAACGGCAAGAAAUAG